AGCAGCCAUUUUAAAACCUCGCCCUCCUCCACUCGAUCCCCAACACACCACAGCUGUCUCCGCACUCCAAUCCAUCCAUCCCACCGCCCCCAUCCCCCUCCCUCCCCGUCGACGAGCCGCCGCGAGCGCUAGCCGCCGCCGGCCCUCCCUCCCCUGCUCCGUCGCCUGCGGGAGCAUCGUCGCCCGCGCCCUCGCGGGAGUCGCGGCGGCCGGGUCCCGAUCGGAGCUCUCUCCGCCCUAGGGUUUUUGGGGGUCGGCGGCCAUGGACCCCAUGGAGCAGCCGGAGCCCGAAAUCGCGGGCCACUACUACGCCCUCCAGGUGGGCUCCUACUUCCUGACGGGCUACUACAACGUCCUGGCGAACCAGCCGCACCUGGCGAUCCAGUUCUACACGGACAACAGCAGCGUCGUCAGGCUGGACUGCGAGACGGGGCAGUGGUCGUUUGGAGAGACGGUGGAGGUUAUCAAUGAUAUGAUGAUGUCCAUGAAUGUAACCAAGGUUGAGGUUAAAACAGCAAAUUUCUUGGAGUCAUGGGGUGGAGCAAUUACGCUGCUGGUCACUGGCCUAGUGCAAUUGAAGGACUACCCUGUUCGCAAGCGAUUUGUUCAGAAUAUUGUUCUUGCUCCAAAGAAAGAUGGGUAUUAUAUAUUCAGUGACAUCUUUAAGCUCAUCUGUGAUGAGUAUGACAACCAAUACCAUGUUCCUGAUUACAAUUGUGCUGACAACAUGCCCCAAGUGGAUGCUUCUUAUACAAUGGCUGAAACAGGAUCUGAUUAUUUGGAUGGAGAACCGCAGGAGGUUGUCACUCCUGCUGAAAAUCAUGUGCAGCAGCAGGAUCCUUCGGAGUAUAAGUCUGUGAAUGUCGUUUACGAUGAAACUCAGUCAGAAGAGCAUAUGCCCUCAUUCCCCAGUUCAAUAGAUGUUAAACAAGAUUCAUCUCCCCACCCUCCUUCCCCGCCUACCCUCAAAGAAGAGCCUGUGGAAGGAGCACCCAAGACAUAUGCUUCAGUGUUGCGUACAAAAGCGAAGGCCACAGUGGGGACUGCAGAGUCACAACAGUCUCAACAGUUGGCUCAGCAGGUGCAGAGUGUCCCAGUGCAUGAAAAAUCUAACUUGGACAACAACCGGACUGUUAGCGCCCCUGACGAUGAAGAAGAGUUUAUUUCAUGUUACGUUGGGAAUCUUUCACCAUCUACUUCAGUCUUUGAUCUUGAGAAGGUGUUUCAGGCUUUCGGAAGAAUUAAACCUGAUGGAGUUGCUAUUCGAAGCCGCAAGGAGGCUGGAGUCUUCUUUGGCUUUGUUGAGUUUGAAGACAUAUCUGGUAUUCAGAAUGCUUUAAAUGCAUCUCCGAUAGAGUUGAAUGGCCGUUUAGUACAUGUGGAGGAGAGGAGGCCUAACUGUGGAUUCCCAAGUGGCAGAAUUUCUUGCUUUGCAGGGCGGGGGCGAGGAAGGGACCAAGCUGGUGGCCGGUAUGAUGGGGAGUAUACUAAUCGAUCGAAGGGAACUGGGCACCAGAAAAAGGGUGGACGCCAGUAUGACAGCUACUACUAGUUUUGUACCUGCUCUGCUAGUGGAUGGCCAUGUACCAUUGGUGUUCUCUACCUGGUGUUCUGGCCAUAGUUUUGCCGAAAGUCACAAUGAUGUGGAGACUAGCAUUUCUGCUUUGCUGGCAUUGAGCAUAGGCUUUUUGGGGAUGGUUCUGUUACCAUUUUGUUGCGUCAUAGUAGUUUUUGCUCCUCAGCUACCGUGACAUGUUAAAAUGUGGAUCAUGCUAUAGUCCAAUCGUGUCCGUUGGGAACACCAUUAGAAGUUUUGAAUGUCAGCGAACAGUUUCAGUAUUUCUCCUGGGUUGUUUCGGUGUGUUAAUAGUUGGUCAGCUUUUUUCU